AUGGAGGCCUCGGUGCGCCGGGCUCGAGAGGAGCCGCUUGCAUCGCCAAAUAGUUCUCCACGCGCUCCAGAGUCCUCGCACCUCGAGGCUGCGCAGGCCAUUCAGAGACUGGUCUAUGUGCGGGAUGAGGUUGUACCAGCUCGGGAGAAGCUCAUUGCUGCCCGUCGGACGAAUGAGGCUCUGGGCGAAGUCGGUCGCAGAAGGCCCCGACCUGCCAGUGCUUCGGAAGUGAGACAGCUGCCGAAUGCAACGAUGGGUGCUUUCGCGCCGCCACAUAUGCCCUCCACUGCAGAGCAGGACGGCUUUCGCCCAAAGCCCAUCUACUCAUCGCCAUCAGCAGGUGGUGGAAGGAUUGGCAAGGGCCACAUGAGGGCUAUGCCGACGCUGGGUGCGAAGCGCCUCGCCAAGGAGCUGAGUGCCGGUCGUCGCAUGGAGGAGCAGCUGAAAGAGCCGGAGAGGACCCAGGAGCAGAGAAUGGAGUUUGUGAAGGCCCUCCGGAUCCGUGUUGCGCAAGAGAAGCUCGUGGAGAGCCAGCGCCGUGAAGAGCAGGCAUUGCGCUGGAGGUCCAUUGGCUGUUUUUGCCUGUUUGACGUGCGUGCAGCUUUCGUGCAGGGUGCGUGCGGUCGUCUCCUGAACCAGAAGGAAGCCAUUGCGGUUGAUGAGGAGCUUAUGGCCAGCCCUGGCUUCAGCGUGGACCAACUUAUGGAGUUGGCAGGACUCUCUGUGGCCUGUGCCGUGGCCACUUCAUUUCCGCUUGCACAGUACUCGGAAAAGCCUCAAGUGCUGCUAAUUUGCGGUCCAGGCAACAACGGUGGAGAUGGCUUGGUCGCUGCAAGGCAUCUUCAUCACUUCGGCUACAGCCCUCGCGUGGUCUACCCAAAGCCGAAUCAGAAACAGCAGCUUUUCGUCAACUUGGUGACACAGCUGUCGCAGCUGUCGGUGCCCGUGGAUGCAACUCUGCCAGAGUCCAUGGAGGGAUACUGCUCAGUGGUGGAUGCCAUCUUUGGCUUCUCCUUCAGCGGCGCUGUCCGAGCGCCGUUCGACGACAUUCUGAGGAGACUAACAGCGCCUGGCACUCCACCUGUGCUCUCGGUGGACAUUCCAUCCGGCUGGGAUGUGGAGCAGGGCCCUCCCACUGAGGGCGCCUGCUUGCAGCCAAGUAUCCUCAUCUCACUGACGGCCCCAAAGAUGUGUGCCGCACACUUUACUGGCAAACACUUCCUGGGUGGCCGUUUCGUUCCACCAUCCAUCGUCGAGAAGUAUGCGCUGCGACUGCCGGCAUAUCCAGGGAUGAGCCAGAUCGUGGAGCUCCCCGCGAAGUUCUGA